UUCUUCAUCAAAUUUCUGAUUUCGUUUUCCCUCUGAAGCAAAAAACAUGAAGUUCUCAGAUAUGAAACUCCAGGCCAUGAAUGCUGUGAGAGCUUACUUCGUAAGGAAUUGGACAAGAGAAGACCUGAUAAAUACUGGAGAAAUGACCCAGCACGCUUAUGCAAGCUUGAAGAGGGUAUAUCUUACUCUCUUCUUUGCCAUGUGGAGCUUUACUUCUGGAUCCUUCUCGCACUGGAUAUGGGAAGCGGGAGGGCGGUUCACAAGCCUUUCUUCUGUAGCAAGUUUACUCUGUCUUUACUUUAUAUCACCAUUGAGAGUGAGGACGAGGGUCUUACUCUUGAUGAUUGCUGCCUUUUCUAUCGGUGCUUAUGUAGGCAUUUUUACCAAAUAUUUCUUUGAAAUAGAUCAAGAGCUUGUUUGCCGCCUUUUGGCACCUCCAACACUUGGCAUUGGAAAUAUCUGGUUUGGAUCCACGUUUACGAGGGAAAGGAGUGCAAUCUACAUGGGCAGCCUGUUCUAUUCUUCUCUUCUAUUUUUCUCCACCUUUAAUGCUAGUAAUUCAGAAUACAUUGACAGCCAUACAGNUCCUUUCCAGACAGCUCAUUGGAUGUUAAAAGUAUGCAUUGUGUUUGCAUUGUUCAUGGGAUACGUUGUGGUAUAUAGCCAAGAGAUAUUGUAUGAUGCUCACUUUGGAGAAAUUAACUCUGUCAAUCGCACACUCACCGUCUUCUUCCGUUUACUGGGUAUAGUGGUCCAUGCUGCAAGACUAUGCCUGUGUGCAUAAAUUGAGCAACACAGACAGAAUCACAGAAUUAAUGCUGAUACACUUGGAGCUGUAGAAUAAAUAGAGAGUAGAAUGCUG